AUGCUCUCAAGCAACGGAUGGCGCGCUCUGGCGCUAUCCCUGGCUCUUGUACCUGGGGCAAUGGCAGAUAUCUGCAAGACGCUCGAGAACGGCGGCAUUGAUAUCGAACACCGUAUUUCAUUGGCCUACAAGGCCGAUCAGAGGGAAUAUUGGUCCACCGGAUGCGGUGACCUCAAGCCAACAUGCAUUGCAGCUCCAUCCAGUGCAGCAGAGAUGGCGCAGGUUAUCAAGAACCUGCACAAUGUGGACACUCUCUUUGCCAUCAAGAGCGGAGGACAUAACCCCAACAACGGAUUUUCUAGUAUCCAGGACGGAUUGCUGGUCUCGACUAAGAAUCUGGAUCAGGUUGACUAUAACCCCAAGGAUCAUACUGCUAUCAUUGGUCCUGGCCUUUCAUGGGAAGAGGUCCAGAAAGGCCUGGCAGGAACUGGUCGGACUAUUGUUGGUGGUCGAAUUGGAGGAGUUGGAGUCGGUGGAUAUAUGCUCGGAGCUGGUAUGAGUUUCCUGAGCACCCAGUACGGUUGGGCUGCGAACAGUAUCUUGGACUACGAAAUUGUCCUUGCCAACGGCACCAUUGUCCACGCAACCGAAAAGCAAAACCAAGACCUCUUCCAUAGCUUGAAGGGAGGCGGCAAUAACUUUGGAGUUGUUACUGCAUACACCGUGCAGACUCAUCCUCAAGACCACAAAGUCUGGGGUGGCACCUAUGCUUUCACAUCCGACAAAGCCCCCAAGAUUCUUGAGGCAGUGCGCAACUUCACCGACUAUUACCCCGAUGACAAGGCGGCAAUCAUCGCGACAUUUGAGCGCGGUCUGUUGCUUGACUUCUGUCUUUUGUUCGUCUUCUACGACGGCCCUGAGCCCCCCGCUGGAGUCUUUGACGAGUUCACUGCUAUUAAACACACCUCGAACGUCAAGACCUGGAAUACCUACUACGACCUGCUCAAGCACAACGAUUUCUUUAUUCUUAAGGGACAACGAUACAACAUCGCCACCGAGACCACACCCCUUCCCAACAGUACUGUGGGAGCAGCCCCACUCCAGGACUACUAUGACCAUUUCCGCGACGUGACCAAGUCCGUACUAGGAGUGGCCGGCUCACUUGGCACAAUUUCCUUCCAGCCCAUGCCCAAAUCGUUCUCUCAGAAGGCCAAGGACCGCGGUGGAGACCUCCUCGAUAUUCCCUCCGAUCAACCGUACAUUAUUUUUGAGCUCGACUUCUCCUACGGCCUAUCCAUCGACGACAACAAGAUGGACGCAGCCACCGUCGAACUCUACCAGGGAAUCGACAAUUUGGCCCAGAAGCACAUCGACGAAGGUCUUCUUCCCGAUGUGUAUCGACCAUUGUUUAUGAAUGACGCAUACCACCGCCAAGAUUACUGGGGCCGUAUCAGCCCCGAGUCCAAGGCGCUUGCUCUCAAGACGAGGAAGGCGUAUGACCCCGAAGGGUUCUUCCAGCACCGGACCAGUGGAGGCUGGAGGCUGAAGGACUAA